CAGUGCCUGUGAUAAGUGUAAAGUGUUUGUUAAAGACACACCUGAUUCAUUACCGAAAUAAAUUUCCCAAAUCUCCAGGAGACACAUUUGACAAAAUCGGAAAAAAUGGUCCACUUGGAGACCUGACCACCACAUAGGCGCAUUGAAGAUACUACAUACACCGUGUAUUGAUUUCUAAUAAAAGCCGAAUGCUAUUACUAAAACAACGUAAAAACCUGCCGAAAGUUCAAUUCUGGAGUAACAAACACCAGUAAGGUGGAUGUGAGUGUACAGCACAUCAUAGAACGUAAUAUUUGUACAUAUUGAUAAUACUAUCUGGUUCGAUAAAUUGGUAUCUGAAAUAGAACAACGUAGUACUGGAAAAUUUUCAGAAAAAUAGUUAUAUUACCCAGAACCAACCAAAGAAAUUGUACAGAAAUUUAAUAUUUAGAAAGGUCACUUUCUAAGAUUCAUUAAUAAUUUCAAUUGGAAUCUGAUUGGUAGCACGAUACAUUCAGUAACCGAGCAGUCGAGGCAGAACCACUGUAGGCGUAUCAAAUACAAGUCAACAACCAAAUACGUUCUGGAAUCACUAAAUUGGUUUAAAAAUUUCAAUUCCUAAAGAAGCCAAAAUCCACCCAAGAUGCCUCAAGUCUUAGGCCCAAUUGGCGACACGCCAUACGUCCAAAAACCAAAAGAACCAACCUCCAACACAUCUCCUGUCCACAAUGGCGGUUAUACAAGUUUAGGGAACGCCGGUGGAAAUGUCUACAUGUCAACCACCGAACCAACAACUCCUUCCUCAGUAAUUGACACUGUCAAGAGAGCCUUUACAGGAGGUUCCACAAACCAAAAAACAGGAGCUGGUGAACCUUUGCUCAAUGCCAAUGGAAGAAGCAACAAAAUUGUGAGCAACACCAUGCCUUGUGAUCCAAUGGACGACAUCGAAUUGAAAUCAAUUCAGCUCCAAUUUCCAUCAUCAAGAACUGCUCCAAGGCAGAGCAUUGGAACAAUUUCUAGAGUCCCUACAGAUCAUGGUGAAUUGCAAGUUGCUGUAGUUGGUGAUUGCACGAAACCAGCAAUUCUGACUUAUCAUGAUCUUGGAUUGAACUAUUCGUCAAGUUUCAGUGCUUUCUUUAAUUAUCCUUCAAUGAGAGCUCUACUUGAGAACUUUUGCGUUUACCAUGUCACCGCACCUGGACAAGAAGAAGGAGCUCCUACCUACCCAGAAGAUUAUGUUUAUCCUACGAUGGACCAACUGGCUGGACAACUACCUUUUGUGUUGACUCAUUUUGGACUAAAAUCUGUUAUCGGUUUUGGAGUUGGAUUUGGAGCCAACGUGUUGGCUCGAUUUGCUAUUGAACAUCCAGAACAGGUUGGUGCUCUUUGUUUGGUAAACUGCGUGAGCACGGUAUCUGGCUGGAUCGAAUGGGGUUACCAGAAAUUGAACGCCCGUCAUUUGAAGUCCAAAGGGAUGACCCAGGGUGUUGUGGAUUAUCUGAUGUGGCACCACUUUGGAAGAAACACAGAAGAGCGCAACCACGAUCUCGUCCAAGUCUACAAGAAUUACUUCGAGCAGCAAAUAAAUCCAGUGAACCUUUCGAUGCUGAUAGACACGUAUUUGAGAAGAACGGAUAUGAAUAUUGCCCGUAGCCCGACAUCCGGACCUCAGAACAACGAUAUGACAUUAAAGAUGCCCGUCAUGAACAUUACAGGAAGUCUAUCGCCACAUGUCGAUGACACUGUCACGUUGAACGGACGUCUGGAUCCCAAGAACUCCACUUGGAUGAAGAUCAGCGAAUGUGGAAUGGUUCUAGAAGAGCAACCUGCCAAAGUAUCAGAAGCUUUCAGACUUUUCCUACAGGGAGAAGGAUACGCCGGAUUUAUAUCGCCAGCAAAACUAGGACUAUACCACUUAUUCCCAACAACUGCCAAUAAAGAGACUUCAGCCAACAACAAUGUCGAAGUCAUCAACACUAAUCAACAACAGCAAGUUUCUGCCGCUAAUGUUGCCAACAAUAAUUGCGUUUCUAUAAGAAUUACAGAAAAUCCAAUUUCGGAAGCCGUUCCUUGCUAAUUUACAAAUUUGGAAAAAAAUAGAAGACUUAGGC